AUGUUGAGUAGAAAAGACAUACCCCCAGAAGUGAAUAACGAGAGUAUUAUUGUAUUUGAGGCAUUUUCCAAGUUACCUCAUUCAAGGAAGCAACAGUUAAAUAAACAGCAAUUGAAGAAUGGCAGCUUCUCCAGAAAAAGCGACUCAACUCUGUUGACACAAGGCAGUAAAAUCAAAUUGCUUCGGGCCUGUAAUUUUUGUAGAAAGAGAAAAGUGAAAUGCAUCGUGACGCCAAAAGAGAGCAGCUGUGGUAUGUGUAUCAUUAAAAACAUGAAAUGCAGUUUUGAUCACAAGUUUGAAACAUGCAAACGUAAAUGUGAGAGAGCUGCAGUAGCGGAUGGGAAAUCCAGUUUCGAGAAGACUAAAUUUAUACAAAAAUUGAAGUCAACCGACUUAAUUCCCUCUCUUCAUUCCACCGGUGAGCGAUUAAAUGUGUCAAAAGGGAAUAAAAAAUCAACCCUUCAGUUUCAAUCAACAAAGCUAAACAAUUUUUCUAUCGAAGAUGAUCUGCGAUCAUUCGAGAUAACAGAUCGAUUCUCGAAUAAUUUUCCUUUAUUAAGUCUGACCAGUUCGGAUAUGGGAACGGACUUAACAACAAUACUACAACUAUAUACUGAACUCAUUGAACCAUACACUCCAUUCCUUCUGAUCGAUUGCUGGAAAGAUGAUGUAUGCGAAGCCAAUAGAAAAUUUGCUUUCUAUUGUAUAAAGUUAGGGGCAUCAAUGGAAUCAAAGGAGGCUUUUAAAGAGAGUAGUGUCAGCGAGUUUCUUCAAAGCUUGAAUGAAUAUUUUGAAGAAGGAAGACAAGUCAGUUGGACAAUACUCACAUUAUCAUCUUUUUUUUUGUUACCCUUAAGGAUUCGAGUGCCAAAAGACAUAAUAAAAAAUAGUCUUCUUUAUUUCAAUGAAUUAUAUCAAAAGCAAGGAGGAAAAUUACCAAUAAAUUUAAUCGUGGGAGCUUUCAUGAUAGAUGCUUAUUUUUCAUUGUUUAGCAACUCCAUGACCUUAUAUACUGACUCAAACAUUUUGAUUCAUAUCUGGUCUCAUUUGAAUGAAAAAAAAACCAAUGAUUUCUCCUUUUAUUUCAUAUAUGUGGGAUACUAUAUAUACAAGUUGCUCAAAUUAAUAAGUCAAAAAGAAUUAAGUGAGAAAGAUUUCAAAAUGGAGUUGAUUCAGCUUGAAAAUAAUAUUCUUCUAUGGCCAGUCAACUUGCCCCGUGAGUUUCUUGUGGUGGAUAAAGCUUUUGCAGAGGAAAGAGCCCUCAUACUUCACAUAGUUCAUAAUAAUUUAUUAACAUUAUUUUAUUCGCAAGCAAUUUUCAGGUAUGGCAAAAUGCUAUCAAUCUCACCUACUCCUGGCUUGUACCUCUUUUUGUCAACGGUUUCUGGAAGCACUUUUCGUGUUGAGAGAGAUCUCAUAAAAAGAUGGACGCUUGCUGCCGAUAGCCAAUUAUAUUUAGCGAAUAUUUUGCUACUGCUUCAUGAGAUCAUGGAGUUUGAGUCAAUAAGACUGUCUCUAACUCAAUUUCAUAUAAACAAUAAUGUUCUUGAUAUUGAUAAACAAGCAAAUGUCAGUACAGAGGUUACAAAACUACUCUCAUCCUAUGAUGUCCUGGACGAAGGCGAGGCCCAUGGGGCUAUCAUUUUUUGGUUGUUCAGGGAUGUCCGAAGCAUGUCUUUACAAAUCUGCCAAGCUGAGAUGACUCCCAAAACUUAA